CAAGAGAGAAAAAAAAGUCCAUUGUUGUUGCGAACUUUUUAAUCUGGGGAUUUAAAGCCCAUCACAUGCUCAGACCGGACUGCGGAGCACUCCACGAAACACAGGCAAACUAUUGCCGAAGUGCAAAGAAAGGCGUUCUUUAUCCUCACACCGCAAUGCAAGCGCACUUUUCUGGACUUUAGGAUCGCUGGAGGAUUGUGUUUAAGAGCUAAGAACCGAGAAACCCUUUCCCCCCUUUUCCAGGAGAAAUCUGACCACCAACGUUUAAAGAUAAUCAUGACGCAAAAGUACAGCCAGCGGUCUUUAAUUGUUCUGUCUUUACUGGGGAUUUUAUCGGCCAUCAUGUCGGUUUUAUCGGUGAUUUUGAUUUUCCAGCUGCAGUCACAGCAGACGGCGGUGAAGGAAUCACCCCCGUCCACCUUCUCGGUCAUACCCGCUCAUGUCUGGGCCGUCCUGCUGCCAGUGGCCACAGUGCUCUCCGCUCUGUCCCUCACUCUCAACUUGAGCUCUGUGGUUGUGUGUCUCCUCCACAGCUAUUUUUCAACCGAGGUCUGCAGAGGAGAACAGGAUACAGAAAGAGCAGAUUGGUUCCUUCUGGACAGCAGAGCUGUACGACAUGUGGCUAUUGGACUCUUCUGUCUGGGGGUUUCUGUCUAUUUAAUAGCCAUGUCCAUUUUUAUGCUCCUAAUAUUCGAGAUGGAGACUGGAAUUGCAAGUGCUUGUGUACUUUCCUCUGGGAUCCUGAUCCUGCUGGUGGCUGUAAUACACGCUCUGGUUAAAGCUUCCUAUACUGGAAAGCACUAUCACAGCGACCAUCUUGACACCCUGUAUCGUAACGACCACGGAAGUAGCAGCGCACCAGUUUCUCGGCCCUGCGAGUUAAAAAUUGGAGUGGACAAACCGCGGAUCCUUCGCAGCCAGUCUCACCUCCAGCAUCAUAUUGCCUUCACUCAAUGUGGCGACCUGAGACAGCGAGAACAAUAUCAGCAGCAGCAGUACUCCCCUACAGGAGGUUCACAGGGCCACUCUAGUGAUAAAGAUGCUUACAGCAGUGGUGGCAGCUAUCCCCGAUUGCACAGGACACUGUCUACUGAAUCUGGUUUGCUACAGGCCCAGGUUAAACCCUGGAAUGGGGUCAACAAUGAGAUGAGGAGCGUCCUUGCACGAAAGUCAGGGAUUUGUGCAAAAGACUCUACUCUCGUGUAACAUAAAAUAAGAUUAGCAGUUUGCAUCAGUGGCUAGAAAAGACUAAUGACCUACAAAUACUAUAUGGUGACAACAACAAGUGCAGUGCAGAUGUAAUACUGUCAACAUUCGACAAGUUUAUCCAGAAUGACUGCAGACAAAAGAAGAAAGAAGAAGAAAGAAAAAAAAAAGAAAAGUAUCUUUAGCAACUUUUUUCUCCUUUUCUCCAACACAGGUUACAAAAGUAUUAUUAACCUGGUGGGGGGAAAAAAUGUAGUGCUUCACGUUAAUGAAUUUGAUCUAAAUUUCCAAAUUAUGCACACCAAUGCCAUCCAUAUAUCAAGCUGAUGAAUUUAUCGCUCAUAUUAUAAUCAUGUAAAUAUUUUAUUCUGCUGUAUAAAUCUGCUUUUUGCCAAAUAUGUGCACAAUGUGCAGAAGUGUUUUAUGUGCUUUGUAAAAUAAUUUCACAUAAAUAUUAAAUAAAUUGAUUCUAGAAGUAUAUAUAAUUCAAAGAAGAACUUUUUGAACACACAAGCCUGUUAUCUGAAAAGCUAAUUUUACUAAUUUCAGAUACUAAUAAUGUAACG